CACUACGUCACACACUUCGAUCUUUCCUCAGUUCUGUCCGAGCGUCAGAUCCAGGCGGCGGAGCUGAGGAUUCGUAUUCCCAAAGAAACGCAGCAAGCGAACAUCACGGUGGAGAUCCGACACCAGCAGGACCAGUCCCUGGGUCGACUGUCCGAUUCCUCUCUGAUGAGCGUCUCCCAUCACUGGAGGGUCUACAACGCCACAGACCUGCUCCUAAACUGGAUCGGCCCCAAACUCUCCGAGAGGAGAGCCGCGAGACACGCUCUUCACUCCGGGUGUAAAGCUGCCGCGAGACACGCUCUUCACUCCGGGAGCAAAGCUGCGGACGGGAUCCGUCACAGAGCCAUGCUGCUGGUCUUCUCACACACCGUCUCUGGACAGAGCGAGCAGGACCGAGCCAGUCUCCUGCACACAGCAGAGAAGUCCAAGUUCUUCUUUAACAGCGAAGGAAAGGAGGUGCGGAGAGACAAGCCACACAGGAGCAAGCGGGGCCGCAGGGGUCAGCCGGUGAGGAACCCGGAGCCACUCCGGGGUCCGGCUGAGAAGUGCAGGAGGGUCGACAUGCAUGUGGACUUCAAUCAGAUCGGAUGGGGCUCCUGGAUCGUCUUCCCCAAGAAGUACAACGCGUACCGCUGCGAGGGGAGCUGCCCGAACCCGCUGGGAGACGACCUGCAUCCCACCAACCACGCUUACAUGCAG